GGACACGAUCCACGUGGCACUCCGACCAACUUCGCUUCCGAUCCUCAUCUUCUUGCGUCAGCCCCUGUGCUAUUGCCUGCUUCCAUCGGAUGUGUUGAUGAGUUCAUCAUAUUCAAUCAAAUUGAUUGCCACCUGUCGACCGACCCAAGAAGCUUGAUGUUGUUCUGUCUAGCUAGCUAGAUCAUAAUCUGCUAUUCUGCCCCGCAAACCCUCUGUCUGCCUGAUCUCUCUUUCAAACAAGCGCUACAAUCCACACAAUCAUGAGAUUCCAACAAGCCCUCGUUUCCAUGGCUCUGCUUUGCCUCGGAUCCGCCGUCGAAGCACAUGGACGGUUCGGAGCAACGGCAUGGGGUCGACCAUCCUCAUCGUUGUCAUCCGUAUUGGCAGUCCCCCGAGGUGGUAUGCAGCUCUUUGUCAAGACUUUGACGGGCAAGACUGUUUCCAUUGAAGUGGAAGAAGGUGAAUCGAUCGAAGACGUCAAGGCCAAGAUCUCGGAAAAGGAGGGCAUCCCACCCGAGCAACAAAGAAUAAUCUUUGGGGGACAGCAACUUCAAGAUGGCAAGACUCUGGAUGAUUACAAUGUGGGAGAUGACGCCACGCUCCAUUUGGUCCUGCGACUUCGUGGUGGAGACGAAGGAUUGGACAAGGUCAUGAAUGCUUUCAACGUCAAGGGCAUGAUGGGUUCGAGUGCAUUUGAAUGCGACGAAGCCUUUGUCAAGAAACACUUGACAGGUCUGACGGAUGCCGACCGAGAAUUGAUGAACACCUUUGUCUCACAGAGUCAGCUCACAGAAGAAGAAGAGGCGUUGACCAAGACAACACCCGUUGCCAAGCGAGCGCUCUUUUACCUGGGCAAGCCACCACAAAGAGUCAGCGAGGAAAGCCCCUUUAAGAAUAUUCUAGAACCCCGGUCACCGCUCAAGGGCGAGUUUGACUACAAGGGAAAGUUGGUGGCCACCGACGGCAAGAACAAGAGCACAAAACUGACAAAGGUUUACAAGCGACGGGAUAAUGAACACAAGCUAUAUGGAGCAUUGAAGCGAAUGGGCUUGGCAUGAGCUCACCACAUGACAAACAAUAGAUGUGUGUUAUAUUUUGGCACUAACAACUAAUGGAAUAGGUAUAUUGGUCC